UUCAGUUCGCUGUUUCAUCUCUGCUAAUAAUAUAGCUUAGCUUGCGAGAUUAGUUGAGUUUGGAUCCAGAUAUGAAGGUUCAUGAGACGAGGUCUCACACGCAUCACGCAAACGACGAGGAGAGAAUGGUGACCAGGAAACAGAAGGCGGAUAGCAAGCAGCUGCAGGAUCAUGAUGAGCCCCUGCACAACUCGCCGACCAAGAAGGCGAAAACCACGGACGGUGGCGCCGGCGACGAGAAGAAGGCGGAGGAGGAGGACGGAAAAGCCGCCGACGUAGCUGCAGCAGCCGAGUUCGAGAAGUUCUGUAGAGCCACGAGCGAGCAUCUCUCCGUCCAACAAAUGCGCCAAAUCCUCCAAGAUAACGCCCAGGAUUCCUCCGGCUCCGAUGAAACUAUUGUUCCUAGAUGCCAAGAAAUUAUGUUUUACGGCCCGGUGGAUAAGUGCCCGGUUUGUGGCGGCGCGUUGGAGUGCAGCAGCGGCGGAACCUAUCACUGUAAAGGAGAUUUCUCAGAGUGGUCGAGCUGCUCUUACUCCACCAGAAAUCCUCCGAGAAAGGAAGAGCCCCUGAGAAUUCCAGAAUCUGUCCAGAAAACGCCACUCUCAGAUUUGAUCAAGAAACAUCAAGAUCCCAAAAACCGGCCGCUGAAAGAACAGGUUAUCACCGUUAAACCUCUAAGCGGUAUGAUGAUUUCGCUCUCCGGCCGUCUCACCCGAACCCAUCAAUACUGGAAAUCGCAGAUCGAGAAGAACGGAGGGAAAGUGGCAAAUUCUGUCAUUGGUGUGACUUGUUUAGUUGUCUCUCCGGCCGAACGAGAGCGCGGUGGCUCUUCUAAAGUAGCUGAAGCAGUGGAGAGGGGUAUACCAGUAGUAAGGGAAGCUUGGUUGGUAGAUAGCAUAGAGAAAAAGGAGGUUCAGCCGCUAGAUGCAUAUGAUGUUGCGAGCGACAUUGCUGUUGAUGGUAGAGGGAUUCCGCUCGAUAAGCAGGAUCCAAGUGCGGAGGCACUCGAGAACAUUACAUCAGAGCUUAAGGUGUAUGGAAAGAGGGGGGUGCACAAGGAUACUAAGUUGCAGGAUGAAGGUGGAAAGAUACUUGAAAAAGACGGGCUGCUGUACAAUUGUGCUCUUUCGGUUUGCGAUCAAGGAAGAGGACUCAACGAUUUCUGCAUUAUGCAACUGAUUGUGGCGCCCGAGAAUCGUUUGCACAUGUACUAUAGGAAGGGCAGAGUGGGGGAUACUGCCCGAGUCGAUGACAAGCUAGAGGAGUGGGAAAACGAGGAUGGAGCUAUCAAAGAGUUCUCUAGGAUCUUUGAAGAGCUGACGGGAAACGAGUUCUUGUCCCGGGAGAGGGAGAAGAAAAUUCAGAAGAAACCUCACAAAUUUUAUCCCCUUGAUGUGGCUGAUGGAAUUGAAGUUCGGCAUGGAGGGCUUGCCCUUAGGCAACUCGGGAUUGCAGCUGUACACAGCAAGCUGGAUCCGAUGGUAGCGAAUUUUAUGAAAAUUCUCUGCAGCCAAGAAAUCUAUAGGUACGCGUUAAUGGAGAUGGGGUAUGAUUACCCAGAGAUUCCAAUCGGGAUGCUUUCUGACGUGCAUCUAGAAAGAUGUGAGGAUACACUGCUCCACUUUGUGGAGAGGAUAAGAUCGACGAAAGAAGCAGGGCAGCAAGUAGAAGCGUUGUGGGCAGAAUUCAGCAACAAAUGGUUCACUCUCAUGCCAUCUACGAGGCCAUUUUAUCUCCGGGAUUUCGCUGAUAUUGCAGAUCAUGCUGCUUCUGUGUUCGAGAGCGUGAGAGAUAUCAACGCUGCAUCCCGCCUUAUAGAAGAUAUGUCGGGUUCUACUCUCGAUGAUCCUUUGUAUGAUCGAUACGUGAAGUUGGGGUGCUCUAUUUCCGCCUUGGAGAAAGAUUCUGAUGACUACAAAAUGAUAUUGAAGUACCUCGAGAAAACUUAUGACCCUGUUAGAGUUGGAGACAUAAGUUAUGGAGUAUCGGUUGAGAAUAUAUUUGCUGUUGAACCAAGCGCUUGCCCCUCGCUCGAUGACAUGAAGAAGUUGCCGAACAAAGUUCUUCUCUGGUGUGGCACCAGAAGUUCAAAUCUGUUGAGGCAUUUGCAGAAUGGGUUUCUGCCGGCUGUUUGUUCACUUCCGGUCCCAGGCUAUAUGUUUGGAAAAGCUAUUGUCUGCUCAGAUGCUGCAGCAGAAGCUGCUAAAUAUGGUUUUACAGCAGUGGACAGGCCAGAAGGCUUCUUAGUUUUGGCUGUGGCUUCAAUGGGUGAAGAAAUCAUGGAGUUCUCGAGUCCACCCGAGGAUACUAAAUCCUUGGAGCAAAAGAAGCUCGGGGCGAAGUUCCAUGGCAGGAAGAAGACCGAUGAAUCCGAGCAUUUCGUGUGGAAGGACGAUAUCAAAGUGCCUUGCGGCCGCCUGAUAGAAGAAUCACAGCACAACAACAGUCCGUUUGACUAUAAUGAGUAUGCCGUGUAUGAUCCACAGCAGGUGAGCAUUAGGUUCUUGGUGGCCGUCAAGUACGAUGAGGAAGCUGUUGAAUAUUACACAGCUGAACCGGAUGAGCCCGAGGCGGCUUGACAAAAAGACCAGCAAGUCAAGGAAGAAAUGAAAAGCUUAAUUAGUACAUAUCUAGGCUUCAUAAUGGGGUAUUAUGUAUUGGAUGGUGCACUAUAUUUUGGGCAUGAGAUGCUUGUAGCUUUCUCUGUAAGAGUAGAGUUAGGCACUUGUUUUGGUUUUUUUGUAUAAAUCAUGUUCACAAAAGUACAAUCAUAGUCUGUAGCAGCAUGACAGUAUGAUGAAUCCCAGGCCAGCUCCUUUCCUAUGUUCUUGUA